CCAACCGGAAUCCAACAUACCAAAGAAAGAAAUUGUGUAGGGAAAAUGGUUUUGUUUCUUUUUAAUACCACAACAUUAGGAAUUAAGUAAAGAGUUUAUGACGUGUUUACAGCGGCGAGUCUUCACGUGAGAAAGAUGUCAGACUUUUGUUACAUAGUCUGUGAUUUCGACUUGCAUUUGUCCUGCUGAUAUACUAGGAGGCUGAGGGGGUUGGGUAACACCUCCCUCAGUCUCCCAACAGAGUGGGAGCAGUGGCGGGGAGCAGGGGAAUCAUGGGACAAUGUGCCUCAACUUGCAGAGACAGCUCAGACUCUGAUCAGCUGGGAAAUGAGAAUGAUUCCUCGCCUCACCGAAGAAAGAAGCAGAGCAGGAGAGGCACUUCCCAGUCCUCUGUGAUGAAAGGCUCUUUCUUUCAGAGUCACCAUAAAGAAUUGCCUGAAGUUCACAAUAACGGGACAAGGAAGGAAGAUUCUAGUUUUUUGGAUAAACCAAAACUCAGCCUUCUAAGUGAAAGCCUGCACUGUGGAACCAUUGUUCCAGAGUAUUCAAAGGCUAAGAUUGAGGAACUGUUUGCCAGAUAUAAGGAUGAACAGGAAGAUGCCAUCCUAGCUGAGGGAAUGGAAAGCUUCUGCAAUGACCUGUGUGUUGAUCCUACUGAGUUUGUUGUCCUGGUCUUGGCCUGGAAGUUUCAAGCUGCUACAAUGUGCAAGUUUACCAGGUAG